AUGACUUUUACAUCUACUACUCCGUCUUCAACUAAUGGUGACAACUUAAACCAAACUGCUGCAAGUACACAUCUUCCUUUUCAUCCUGAUGACUACACACACCCUUGCCAUCCUUUAUAUGUCCAUCCAUCAGAUUUGUUGGGAUCUUCUCUAGUUACUGAUCGUUUUGAUGGGUCAUCCUAUGGAAGUUGGCGUAGAUCCAUAUUGGUUGCUUUAUCUGUUAGGAACAAACUUGAUUUCAUCCAUGGCACUUAUGAAAAGCCACCUGAGGGUUCUCCUUUACUUCGUCAAUGGCAACGAUGCAAUGAUCUGGUUGUUGCAUGGCUUGCUAAUUCUGUCACUAGAGAGAUUCACCAGACUGUUGUCUAUUCCGAGUUUGCAAAAGAUAUCUGGAGGGAAUUAGAAGCUAGAUAUGGGCAAGCUGAUGGGGCUAGGGUCUUUGAGUUAAAAAAGGAGUUGGCACAUGUUUCACAAGGUGCACUAGAUAUAGCCUCUUACUUCAACAAGAUUAAGCACCUCUAG